CCAGUAGAUGACAUCAAUACUUUGAUGCGACACCCAGCCGUCUUCGACAACAUCCGCAAACCCCGUCAUACAAUCGUGCUCUGCCAUGGUUUGUAUGGCUUCGACUUCAGCCGGCCUUUCUUCGGCAUCGAGAUCCACUACUGGGCUGCCGUGCUCGACAUUCUGCGUAAAAAGAUUGGCGCAGAUGUCAUCGUCAGAGGAGUGCCCGGUACGGGGUCCAUAGCUUCGAGGGCCAAGGCGUUGCAUGAGUUCCUGCUUUCAGACGAGGCGGGCGUAAGAGGGCAGAAGGUCAACUUCGUCGGCCACUCGAUGGGAGGAUUGGAUGCGCGAUACCUCAUCUCGCACCUACGUCCCAAGCCAGAGGAGUACAUUCCUGUCUCAGUGACCUGCAUCUCGACGCCUCACCGAGGCAGUCCUUUCAUGGACUGGUGCAAUGCCAAUGUGGGCAUCGGCAGGGAGUACGUCGAAGAGUGCAUUCGCGACGGCGACUCCAGCACCGCCAAGAAGACGGCGCCAAACUCAUCAUCGCCCUCUUCAUCGUCUUUCAAAUCCCUCUCGGCUCUGGAAUUUGUGACCCCUCUCACCCGUGCCUUGUCCUCCUUCACGGGCUCCUUCUCCUCGUACAUGCUAUCCGUCCUCGACCAACCAGCCUAUGCUAUGCUCUCCACCCGGUACAUGAGCAAGGUCUUCAACCCCUCCACCCCGGAUAUGCCCAAUGUCUCCUACUUUAGCAUUGCAGCUCGCACUCGCAAGAUCCCACUCUGGCAUCCUCUCUGGCUGCCCAAGGUCAUACUGGACGCCGCAGCCGAGGCAAGGACGGCGGGCAGUGAGAGGGAUGGGAGUGCAGAUGCCUUGGGAAAUGCAGAGAACCAGGGGAAUGAUGGCCUCGUCAGCGUGCAGAGCGCUAAGUGGGGCACAUUCCUGGGCGUAGUAGAGGAUGCGGAUCAUUGGGAUUUGAGAGGAGGUGGAGGGCCAAGA